AUGGCCUCCCAACUACCCCCUUUCCCACGCUUCGUCUUUACCAAAUUCGAACCUCUCUCACUACUAUCCGGCUUUCUCCCCGCCAUCCUCUCCCCCGAUUGGUUCACCCACGAACAACUCUCCUCCUCUUCACCUCUAAUCGCCUAUCCCACAGCCAGCCGCACCACCACCCGCCAACUAGGCAACAUGUAUUUCCUCGCCUUUCUUGUCGGGGUAGGUGUGCUGUACUCUUCUUCCGAGAUCAGAGUCGUCAAAAACUACCUGAUUGCUUUGUUGGUGGCGGAUCUGGGGCACAUGAUGAUCACGGCGGAGGCACUGGGAUGGGAGGGGACGAUGGAUGUGAGCGGGUGGAAUGCCAUGACUUGGGGGAAUUUGGGAGUUACUAUGUUCUUGUUCCUGACGAGGUCGGCUUAUCUACUGGGGCUGUUUGGGCCGGAUAUGCCGAGGGUUGUGAAGGGGGCGAAGAAGACGGAGUGA